ACGUUGUGGGUCUUUGAAGUCACGUUGUGUCUCUUUGAAGUCACGUUGUGUCUCUUUGAAGUCACGUUGUGUGUCUUUGAAGUCACGUUGUGUGUCUUUGAAGUCACGUUGUGUCUCUUUGAAGUCACGUUGUGGGUCUUUGAAGUCACGUUGUGUCUCUUUGCAUCACGUUGUGUUUCAGAGUUUGGUGCUGCGUGUCUCCAGCCUGCCUCUGGUCCGCUCUGCGCUGCAGUCCGUGACCUCUGUGUACUCGGAGGUCAAAGGUCGUUACCCCCUGCUGAACCUGGUGGGGGGGGUCGCCGAGGUCGGGGUCCGCAGCGUCUCCAACAUCGCCAUGACGACGGCAACGCCCCUCCUUCAGAGCCUGGAGCUGCAGAUCGAAGUUGCUGAGAGUUUUGCUCUCUUUGGUCUCGACUCUCUGGAAAAGAACUUCCCGAUCCUGAACCAAUCAACAGACGAGGUGGUGGGUCACCUGAAGGACGCCUUCUUCCUGACGCUGGACGACGUGCAGAUGUGGGUGGGGGACGGUCUGGACGUGGCUCUGGAUCAGAUGGAGCGUCUGUCUGAAGGCGCUGUGGCGGUGGUGAGGCAGCUUCAGGACUCUCAGGUGGGCCAGGUGGCUUCCUUUGGGCUGGACGACCUGCUGACCCGCCUGGAGGAGGCCGUCGCCCACUACCUGCCCCUCCCUCCCACCCUGCGUGAGUACAGGGGCAUUCUGGGUAACUGGGGUCGAAUUGGAGUUUCAUUUUCUAUUUCAGAAUCAGAAUUCCUUUAUUUGUCCGGCAACGGAGAAAUGUUGGGUAUAAGAUCAGAUCAG